CAUUUUUCUUCUUCUUCUUCCUCAAGCCCAAAGAGAAAGAAAGAGAAAGACAAAGACAAAGGCGAUACACAACCAGUAUCACGCUUGCGAGUGACGUGUACACACUGCUUUUAAGGAGGAAAUUGGACUUCAAAUCCCUAAUUUGUUUCAUCCAAGCAAAAAUUGUUUGAUUUUGACAAUGGCGUCGUUUCUGACGCCAACGGAGAGAUAUGCAGCUGGUGGACUACUAGGACUAGCAUUACAUCAGGCGCAGAUUCACCAGACUCAUCCACUUGGCUCUACUUCUGCUCAAGAGGAACCCGACCGCCAUAGCACCGGCAGUAGUACUGAUUCCGUUUCCGAGGAUCCCCAACUCUGGGUCAACAAUAAUUCCGGCCUCCUCCGUCCUGUAUUCAGGAUUCUUAAUAUAGAGAGUAAUGCGUGGUCAGGGCUUGAGGAAACAGCAGGAUCUUCUCCUGCUAAGCAUCACAUUGGAGCGUUCUUGAGAUUACUCUCAGAAGAAAAUGAUGAUACUUCUCCAGAUAUGAAAGAUCUAGAACUUGCUUUGUCAAAAGCUGUUGAUGCCAUGGCAGAAAGUAUGGAGACGGCUACUAGUAUCCAGUCUAAGGUGGAAAGGCAUCGUGAAUAUGAAAAUGAUCGUCGGCAGAAAUUUGGGACUGGAACGGAGCCUAAGGAUGAUGUUGUACCUGAACUUUUGAAAGGUAAUGAGGGCACAAUGUGUAAGAUAGUGAGAACUGUACAGGCAGAUAGCGACAGAAGUUCUCUAGAGGAGACAAGGAUGCUUAGUCAGCAGAAGAAAGUUACGGUUCUGUAUGAACUUCUAUCUGCUUGUCUUGCGGGUUCAGCUGAAGAUAACAAACAACAAACAAAGCGAGCAAAGGGUUAUGAUGCUCGACAUAGACUUGCCUUGCGGCUACUUUCAACAUGGUUUAAUAUCAAGUGGAUUUCCAUGGAAGCUAUUGAGACAAUGGUUGCAAUCUCCGCAAUGGCUUUAUCCAAAGAGAAGACAAAAGAUGAAGAGCGUAUAUUACCAGAAAGCUCUUGGCGCAAAUGGAAGCGUGGAGGUAUAAUAGGUGCAGCUGCAGUAACUGGUGGAGCUUUAAUGGCAAUUACUGGAGGUUUAGCUGCUCCAGCUAUUGCUGCUGGUUUAGGUGCAUUAGCACCCACACUGGGGACUAUCAUUCCUGUGAUUGGAGCGACUGGGUUUGCAGCAGCUGCAAGUGCUGCAGGAACUGUUGCUGGUUCUAUUGCCGUUGCUGCAUCAUUUGGGGCUGCUGGAGCUGGUCUUACGGGGACUAAAAUGGCGAAGAGAACUGGAGGCAUUGAUGAAUUCGAGUUCAAGGGUGUUGGGGAGAACCACGGCCAAGGGAGGCUUGCUGUUGAGAUCCUGAUAUCUGGAUUUGUUUUUGAGGUGGAUGAUUUUGUAAAGCCUUGGGAAGGCCAUUACGGUAACCAGGAAAGUUAUGCACUGCAAUGGGAGUCCGAGAACCUGAUUGCUGUAAGCACUGCCAUUCAGGACUGGCUUACUUCAAGAGUCGCAAUGCAGUUAAUGAAACAAGGGGCGAUGAUGACCGUAUUAAGCACACUUUUGGUGGCAUUGGCUUGGCCGGCAACAUUACUUGUCGCUGCUGACUUCAUUGAUAGCAAAUGGGCGAUUGCUCUUGACAGAUCUGACAAGGCAGGAAGAUUGUUGGCUGAAGUAUUGUUGAAAGGAUUGCAAGGACAAAGGCCUGUGACCCUUAUAGGUUUUUCCCUUGGGGCCCGAGUAAUUUUCAAAUGUCUCCAAGUUUUGGCUGAAACUGAACACAGUGCCAGCCUUGUAGAAAGAGUUGUGCUUCUUGGAGCACCCAUUUCAUUUAAAGACGAGAAUUGGGAAUCAGCUAGAAAGAUGGUGGCUGGGAGAUUUGUGAAUGCUUACUCUACAAAUGACUGGAUGCUUGGAUUAGCCUUUCGAGCCAGUCUGCUUACUAAAGGAUUAGCUGGGAUUCAACCAAUUGAAGUUCCUGGAAUUGAAAAUGUCAAUGUAACUGAACUCAUAGAGGGUCACUCUUCUUAUCUAUGGGCUACUCAACAGAUCCUAGAACAACUUGAAUUAGAUGAAUAUUACCCAGUUACCGGAACCCUUAUCAAAUCUUGAUAGUUUGGUUAUUUGAGAGAAUUCGCUUCAAGGUUUUUUUUAUCGGUUUUCAACUUCUCCAAAAUUGUUUUCAACUUCUCCACAAUGCAUCCAUUUAUAUCAUGUAUUGAUUCAUUUACUAUCAAUAGACAAUUAUUGAUAC